AUGCGUUUCACCACUGCAUCAGUUGCCCUUUUUGCUGGUGCUGCUAUGGCCAUGCCCAGCUUUCCAGUUGCUGAGCCCACCACCGUCUACUCCACCAAGGCUGUGACGGUCACCAGCUGCCCUCCAAAUGUCUACAGCUGCCCAGGCCAUGGUCCCAAGACAACUGAUGCCGCGUCAUAUCCUGUCUCUGCGCCCAGUGCCCAUCCAACUGGCAAGCCUUCUGCUCACCCCACUAGCCAUGGUGAUUACCCAACUGAGUACCAGCCUACCAUUGACUGCCCCUCUGAGUCCACCUAUCCAGUUGAGAAGGCUCCUUAUCCUACGGGCAAGCCGAAGCCAACUGCUCACCCAACCGGUACUGAAGUGUACCCUACCACUCAUUCCACUACCACUGUUGUCGUCACCUACACCACCUGCACCUCUGUCAAUUGCGUCCCUACCGUGACCUCGUCCACUACCCUUAUCUACCCAACUGUCCACCCAACUGAUCGCCCAACUAACUACCCAACUGGUAUUGCAUCUCCAACUGGUAUUGCAUCUCCAACUGGCAGCUACCCAGUCCCAACCCCCAUUCAUUUUGAGGGUGUUGCCGCCUCAUUCGGUACCAGCUUCGCUGUAGCUAGUCUCGCUGUCAUCGCUGCUAUCUUCCUUGCAUAG